AUGGUGGCAUCACCUCUGCCCAGGGAGGAAGCAGUUGCAGCUAGGAACGUCAAGGCCAAGCAGGCACGGCAACAGCAGGUGGUGGCGAGCGGCAGCGGGGAGCGUAAGCCGCGGCCACAGCAGGACCAGGCGCUCAACUGCCCGCGCUGCAACUCCACCAACACCAAGUUCUGCUACUACAACAACUACAGCAUGACACAACCGCGCUACUUCUGCAAGGCCUGCCGCCGCAACUGGACGUUGGGCGGCACCCUCCGCAAUGUUCCUGUCGGCGGCGGCUCCCGGAAGAAAAAGCAGAACCCUGCCGGGGGCUCCGCCUCCUCGGCACCACCUGCAUCAUCCUCGAGCUCCAAUGACUCCAAGAAGAUGAACAUUGUCACACAGCAACUGCUGACAAUGCCUACUGCUACGACACCUAUGCCCGCCGACUUCCCCAGCGUGCUCCCGACGUUCAUGUCGAUAGGCGGCAGCUUCCAGCUCCCCAGCAGUGACCACCACUCCCUGCCCUUCGCACCCUUGUCUCUGUCGUCCAACCCUGGAAUGAUGUCGUCAUUCAUGGAGAGAGGAGGGUUUCUUGACGGCAGCAGCAGCAAUGGGAUGGCAUCGUUGCCAAUUCUUCCGGUGCCGUCGUUUGGUGUGAUGCAGCAUGGGCAUGGGAUGAUGGGUGGAUCAUCUGACCAACAGAUGGUGGGGCCUCUGCAGGGUGUGGAUCAGGAAGUGAAGCCACCUAUGGCUACUGCUGGUGGUAGUGGGCUCCAGCAGUGGCCGUCGUCAACAACCCAGGAGCAGCAGGUAGUUGGUGGUGAUGGCAGUGCGGACAACAACAACCACAACAUGGACGGCGGGGCAUCAGGCAGCAGCAGCGGGGUCGAGCGCUACUGGCAAGGAGGCUUCAACUAA